AUGGGAAUUUUAAUUCUGAGUGCAUUGGUCAUACUCCAAAGUAUAUUGAUCUCUACUGAAGCUAAUAAGACCUUCUUACUGCAUGUACGUUGGCUGCCGACUCACUGUUACCACAGAAAGUGCCAUAUAGAAGAUGGUCAGAGAUGGGACAUUUCGAAACUCAGGUUGGUUCCUCAGCUUGACUGGAUGAGCGAGAAUUGUUCGUAUGCCACUAGAUUUUGGCGUUAUAACUUGAGUGCCAUAAAUGAAUUGUCGAAAUAUUGGAGCAAUCCGUUGGAUGAAUUUACGCAUUACAACCAUUUGUAUAGAGACUAUGCAGCAUGUACCGUUGUCGACAGUAAUGGACCAACUCCAUACCUCUAUUUCAAUCGUGGCAUAGACCUCUUCAAAAUCGUGUCACCCAGCGCAAUAUCGAUCAAAGGUGGUGAAACUUACUCAACCAAAGAUUUUGAGCAUUCGUUGUUAAACCAGUAUCAUGCUCAACCUAAAGUCAUCUGUGCUGCUGAUGAGUUUAAUGGAAUUUUCCUCGACGAAAUAGUGUUCUGUUUCAAUGAGCAUUCAACACUUGUCGAUUGUCCUGCGAAAUAUGCAAAUGAUCUCCAAACGUAUAUGUAUACAGUUAAUGGACACGUUGAAAAUGACUACCGGAAACAGAUUGAUCAACAGAAGCUUUGUAGAGAUUCAUUCACUGUACCAGAGUAUAAAUAUAAAAUGUCUGCAAGAACAACAGAAGCGCCUGCAAUUGAUUAUUCAGAAGAUACUCCAUCCUCUUCAUCAGACAUAUUUGAAGAUAUGUGGAAUUGGUUUUGGGGUCUGUAAGACAAUUGAUUGUGUGAAGGAUUGCAAACAAAAUAUGCAGAAACAAUUUUCCUUUGAGUAGAAGUAGUUAUUUUUUCCCCUUUCAUCGGCACAAAACUUGUCGUGUGAAUUUUCGCUUCUAUAAACCAACAUUUGUUUUGCAGGUCGUUAAAAUUUGCUUAUUCAAUAACAAUAUUUCACUUGUUCUUCUUCUGAAUUAUAAUUCAUAAAGUUUGGUGUUACAGUAGAAAAAAUAUUAUUACCUUUCAUAAUUUCAAUGAACUUCUAAAUGUGAAUUUCAAAACCCACUGACCUCGAGAAGCAUCAGAUGUUCUUUUUGUAGGUUGGAUGAUUUUUAAGUUUUAAAGGUAACUAAAAGAUAAUGCUAACUGCCUAACAGGUCAUGGUUUCCAUGAUAUCCAGUUUCUUCAAGAGGAACACACUAACAUCAUGUUUAAAAACAUUUUUAUGAAUAGUAUAAGUGUGGUUGCGCUGUGUGAAUCAUAUUUCCUUAUUCUUCUGGAAAAUAGACGUUUUCCUCGCAUCAUCCACAUAUCUAUACUUUCCAAGGAUUGUAUUGUGUCACCUGGAACUACAUUUAGUAUUCACUUGUGGAAUCUACAACACGGAAUCUUCUGAUACCCUCUCUAAGCACGUGGGACUGAGGAUUUUAUCCCUAAGCAAUACUGCUAAAAGAAUGUUUGACUUUUUAUUUUGCAAUAUAUGGG